GUCAAAAAUCAUCAUCAUUGAAGUUUUGAAAGAAGAAAGAAACUUCAGAAUUCCACAACUUUUUCUUCAAAGGCCUCAACUUUAACCAAGAGAAAGUUGGGGCUUGCCUUCCACCCACUUUAAGAUGUUUCCUUCCACCCGCUUUAAGAUGUUUUUCCAUUCAACAAAGUAGCCUCCUGCCUUCCUCUUCACGCCAUAGCUGCCUGGUGUAGUGUAAAAAUGGAGUCUGACAAGACCAUGCUCUGGUCGAUGAUGGGUCUGCUUUCUCUGCAGACCAAUGCAAUACCCACUUAUCUCCAGCAACUCUACAAGCUGUGGAAAUCUUACAGAGAGAAUUUAAGUGCAUUCUCCCACAUAGAGAUCCCUGAAUGUGAAGAACCAUGCAUGGGAACUAACAAUGAAAUAUACCGUUCUGUGAGAUUGUAUUUGAGCAACCUAGAAGCCACUGCAAAUGCACCCAGUGUGUCCAUCAGUCGACCCAGCAGGACCUCCAAACUGGGCUUCAGUUUGCCUGCUCAAUACAAAGUGAAAGACGAGUAUAUAGGAGUUCAAAUGUGGUGGUCGCAUGAAAUCAAGGUGGAUGAGAAGGCAGGGGGCAGAGACAGAGGAGGCGGAGCUACAGAGAGAAAAUAUGUCCUCAAAAUUUCCAACAAAGACAAGGCCAGAGUUUUAUCAUCCUACCUUGAACACAUAUCAGAUUUUGCAUAUAAUCUGCAGAGGCGCAGCCAGGAGAGGAAGCUUUUCAGCAAUACUGAAAGCCGUGGAAGAUGGAGCUCUGUUUCGUUCAAGCAUCCCUCCACCUUUGAAACUCUGGCCCUUGAUCCAGAUCUGAAGAACAAGGUUCAGAAGGAUCUUGAUACUUUUCAGGAAAGCAGAGAGUUUUACCGCAGGACAGGGCGGGCUUGGAAACGGGGUUAUCUUCUGUAUGGUCCUCCUGGGACGGGUAAGUCGAGCCUCAUUGCCGCCAUUGCUAACUACAUGAACUAUGAUGUUUAUGAUCUGGAGCUCACUAAGGUUCUUGACAAUUCUACUCUUCGGGAACUUCUGCUCGCAACUUCAAGCAAAUCUGUUAUUGUUAUUGAGGAUAUUGAUUGUGCUGCAAAUUUGUCUGCCAAGGCAAUGUGCAGGAGGCCCAGUAAGUCUAACAAGGAGGGGUCUAAACAAUCUCGACGGGGUUAUUCUACCAUUACUCUGUCUGGUUUGCUUAAUUUUGCAGAUGGGCUCUGGUCCAGCUGUGGUGAAGAGAGGAUCAUGAUUUUUACAACUAAUCACAAGAACCGACUGGAUCCUGCACUGCUGAGAAGUGGUCGAAUGGAUAUGCAUAUACUUCUGUCUUAUUGUGGGUUUCCUGCUUUCAAACAGCUGGUUUUUAAUUACUUGGAAAUGGAGGAUCACAAGCUUUUUCCUUGUGUGGAAGAGAAGAUGCAGUCUGGAGGGUGUCUGACACCGUCAGACAUAUGUGAGAUUCUUAUACAGAAUCAGUCUGAGCCUGAUUCUGCAGUUAAGGCUGUUAUUGCUGCUCUUGAAGGUAGCAAGCGUUUGGAUGAAGCAGUUUCCAGUGAAAGUGAUGUUUCUGAUGAGGAAGAUGAGGAAGAAUCGUCAUCUUCAUCUUCAUCAUUGUCAGAGGAUGAGUAGGAGAAUUAUGUGAAGAGUGGUCUAGAUACAGAGAUCCCCAGGCUCAGGCUCUCUGCUGAAUUAGUUCCAAGUAAGAGGAGUUCAGAUUAUCUAGAUUUAGAUUAGUAUAGUAUUAACAAAAGAAUGUUAAUGGGGGUGUGAUUUCAUAUGCAAAAUUAUAUCAUAUUACACUUUACAGUCCAUCAUGAACGAUCGCAGUACUAUUUCUGCAAGUCAUGUCAUAGAAAAAAUAGAAUAUCUGAGAGCACCAUUCCAUUUCAGUGUCCCAUCAUAAUCAGAGAGUCACUGUCAUGUCAUUAUCAUAAGUUGUGUAUGACUCGAUUAAAAAAAGAGAAGCAAAAUGUAUUUAAACAACUUAAUUUACUUUUCUUUUGAA